GAGCUCUUAGACUUCAACGACCGCCCAGCUUGCAUUCUGAAUCUCAAACUUCGGACACACUCAGUGUCUCUGCAUGGCAUUGCAUCAGAGCUUCUCCUCUCGAGAGAAGUGAUCCGAUGCUGCUGUAGAGAUCCUUUGCAACUUUUGUUGGUGCUCCUCGAAGCCCAGGAACAGCAGUGGAUAAUAAAAGACGCUCCCAGCUUACUAACAGCUGCCAGAAUGUUGAUCUGCACUGACCCACAAGCGGGUGGCAUAGCUGCAUCUUUUCACCUUCAGCAGUAGUUUAGUAGACACUCUACAAACAGGACAACCAAGUUCAGCGCAGUCAGGCCACAGCAUUUGCAGGCAAUUGGGGAACAAGCCCCAAAUCAGCCCACUAGAAAGCUCUUGAAAGCCCUUUGCUGAUUUGCGCCUGAUGCAAUAAAACUCUCUUGGGAUUUGACUGUCUGCAAUCAAAACCAAUCGAGCUAGCUUCGCACAAUUCCCCCACCCUAAGCACCACCCAAGGGGCACAAGCUAUGGAGGUCAUUCGCCGGGCACUACUGCACGGGGGGCGGACAGCUGUCGCCCGCCCCUCCCCUUCCUCCCCCCCAACGACAUACCGAGAUCUCCUCAACUUCUCCAGCUUCCUAGCUACCAAUCUCCUGGUUAGCUCCAAUGCCGCUGACAUUCCUCCCCCCCCAGAAAACUUCUCCCCACUCGAAGGCCAGGCUUACGUAGACGCCUUCCGCACAUUGCUGCGGAAUGUUCCUUUCCAGGGGGCUGGGCUGGAGAGGAAGCGGGUGGGGAUUAUGGCCCCCCCCUCGGCGGCGUUCGUGGGCGCCCUCUGGGGGACGUGGCUGACGGGGGGGGUGGCAGUUCCAAUGGCGCUCUCGCACCCUCCAGCUGAGCUAGAGUACGUGAUGCGCGAUGCGGGGAUAUCCGCCGUCCUCGCCUCUGACGAAUUUCACCCCACCCUCCAAAACCUCGUCCAAAAAGCGUCGAUCCCCUUGCUCCCCAUUCCCUCAGUCCACGCCCCAAACCCCUUGAAAACCGCGCUCGACCGGAAGGCAGCCUUUCUAGACGUGUUCAAAACGCCGGAUGGGGUUUCGUUGUUGGCGGCUAACCCCCAAGGGCCCCUCGUCAAGUUCCUGGAGGGGAGGGUUAACGAGCGGGUUACGGAGGGGGUUAAGGACGAGCCGGCGAUGAUUAUAUACACGAGUGGGACGACGGGGAAGCCAAAGGGAGUGGUGCAUACGCAUGGGAGCUUGGAGGCGCAGACCCGCAUGCUCGUCGACGCCUGGGAAUGGGCCUCCAGCGACGCGAUUCUUCACACCCUGCCUCUCCACCACGUCCACGGCCUUGUGAAUGCGCUCCUCUGCCCGCUCUACAGCGGCGCUUCGAUUCACUUCCUCCCCAAGUUCAAGGCAAACGAGGUGUGGGAGCGUUUCCGACGAGAGGCGUCCGGUGACCAUCCGCUCACGCUCUUCAUGGGGGUGCCCACUAUGUACGUUCGUCUGCUGGAGGCGUUUCGGACGAUGCCGCCGGACGAGCAGGCGUCCGCAACCGCGUCCGUCAAAAGGUUGCGGCUCAUGGUGUCCGGAUCCGCGGCCUGUCCGACUUCCUUGAUGGAAGAAUGGGAGCGGGUUUCAGGGCACCGGUUACUAGAGCGCUACGGAAUGACCGAGUUUGGGAUGGCGCUCUCGAAUUCAUUGCACGGAGAACGGCAGCCGGGGCUCGUUGGCGUACCUUUACCUGGGGUUGACGUGAAAGUUGUUCCAGACGCCGACGCUUCGGACGCAUCCGAAGGCGAGCUCCUCGUCCGCAGCGGGGGCCUGUUCACACAGUACUGGAACCGUCCGGAUGCCACUUUAGAAGCGUUCGAUGCGGACGGCUUCUUUCGAACGGGGGAUAAGGUCCGGAAAGAAGAUGGGGCGUUCCGAAUUCUGGGCCGCUUGAGUGUGGAUAUCAUCAAGAGCGGGGGGUAUAAGCUGUCGGCGCUCGAAAUCGAAACGGAGUUACUCAAGCACUCGGCCGUUGCGGAGUGUGCGGUGCUCGGCCUUCCGGACGCAACGUACGGCGAGACGGUCGCAGCGGUGAUUGUCGUCCGGAGCGGUCCAGAGGGAGCGUCCGUGACGUCCAAAGACGUCCGGGAGUGGGCCAAGGAUCAUCUGGCGCACUACAAGAUUCCGAGACGCAUCGAGAUGGUAGAAACCAUGCCAAGAAACGCGAUGGGGAAGGUCAACAAAAAGGAGCUUCUGCGGACCUUCUUUGCAGACAUAACUGCUCAAUCAUCUGCCCCUGCUGCCUAAUAUGGUCAUCCUUGGACUUCCGAAUGCCGCCGUGGGUCCACGUUUCGGCUGGGGGCCCAAGUCGCAAUAGAUGGUCAGAUCCAAAGACACAUAACAAACAAAGCAUUUCACUUGAUGGACGCAGAAAGAUUGAAUCUUAGUAUGCAGUGUUAAGGUCACCGCACUUCAUGUCUCCUUGAUAUGCAAAGCAACG